UGUAUCCAGUCUGUACUACUUUAGCUGACAUGAAAGUCUGGAAAUUCUGUCCCUUCUUCAUCUUUAUACUUUUGAGUUCAACACUCGGAGAGGACACAGUGGCAGAAGACAUCAGUGUCAAUCAGCUGGAGCGUUUAGUGGAGAUGCUGACGCCUAAAGAGUGCGAGGACCUUCUGUUCGCCCUCUCUAACCCAGAGGAGAACAUAUUCCAUCACCUUGAGCGCCUCUCACCAGAAAAAAAUCAACUAGACCUCAAGCCAAGAGCCAAGAGAGACACCUCUUCUGCUACAGAUAGUGAGGCUCAGUGCCGGACGGCCCUGACAGAGUGGCUGCUGAAGUACGGUGUGCAGACCUACUACGACAGGCUUUCUCGUGCCUUGCAGCACAUCGGCAGAACAGAUAUCGCCAUUGAGGCGGGGAAGAACAUAAACCAGGACAAAGUCUUGAGUCUGAAACACAAUGUUGAAGACUAUCACCAAUAUGUCGCCUCUCGAAACUUCCCACAUAUACAAUCAGAUACAAAGGACCACCAGCAUGCAGCCCAGAGGGUCAGAAAAAGAAAAGUAAGGGAUCUGACAUGGCGUGACCUGGAUCUGAUUGUGGAGCGGGGUCCUGUCCCUCUGUACCAGAAGGGGCCUUUGGAUGUGGCUCUGCCAAUCUUGUAUGGCAUCCUGCUGGGCUUCGGGGGAACCUUGUUCGCUGGCAUCUCUAUACUUCUUUUCAUCAUCCGCAUUUCCCUUCAAAACCAGCAGAACUGUCACCCGAGGGUCACCAGCAGCCCAAGCAGUAAGCUCAUGAUUGGAGAUGUAAUGCUGGAAGAUGCAGCUUCAGGGGCUACAGAGUCUGCAAAAUCUGUAUUUUAGGGGUUUAAAUGGUCUAGGAAGCCAUAAAAGGAAAAUUGGCAUCAAAUUAUGGCCAACAUUUAAUACAUGUACAACUGGAAUAUAUAUUAAUAAAGGCAAAACAG